AUGAGUUUUGCUAAUAAAGUUGUUCUAAUAACUGGAGGGAGUGCUGGUAUUGGGGCUAAAACAGCAGAAUCCUUCGCUACAGAAGGUGCCUCCGUAGCUAUCGUGGGCAGAAACGAAGCGAAACUGAACCUAGUAGCAGUGGUAUGCCAGAAACUUGGAGCAACUGUACUCACUAUCAAAGCUGACAUCUCCAAAGACGCAGAUGCAGACUCAGUCGUGAAGAAAACCAUCGACAAAUUCGGAAAACUUGAUGUACUUGUCAACAAUGCUGGAAUAUUGAGAGAAGCUAAUGUACUAUCAGAGAACUUCUUAAAAACGUACGAUGAAGUUAUGGAUAUUAAUAUGAGAGGCGCUGUACGUAUAACCUACUUUGCUGCUCCAUACCUGAUCAAAACUAAAGGUAAUAUUGUGAAUGUGUCAAGUGUAGCUGCUAAUUGUACUUCGAGACCUGGUAACACUGCUUAUAGAACUUCUAAGGCUGCUAUGAACCACUUCACUAGGUGUGUUGCCCUUGACCUUGCUACUCAUGGAGUUAGGGUCAAUUCUGUAAGCCCAGGUCCAGUAAUGACAGAUAUAUUUGAAGGUCUGGAAGUUAAUGCAGAAAAAUUGAGGACACGUACAGCAUUACAGAGAGUGUCUGAGCCUGGUGAGAUUGCAGAUAUGAUAAUGUAUGUUGCAAGUGAUAAGGCGAGAGGUGCCACUGGAUCAAAUUACGUUGUUGAUAACGGUAUGCUGUUGUCGUAA